GACGUAAUGCGGAACUUCGCGUUCAGAAUGAAACAUGGCUUCUGCUUUAAGGUCCGGUGUGAACUCUAAGUUAUGUUUGUUUACACAUGUGGUGAUUUUUGCCUGGUACAUGUUCACUCUGAAUGCUAACACCUCUGUGGAGAGAUCAGGGCGACAUCCGGGAGCGCUCACUUACGGAGGCCGGUGGAAAUAUUUAACCUUCAUCAACCUGGUGAUACAGACAGCGUUUUUUGGACUCUGUGUUGUAACUGAUGUAAUCCACGCGGCCCUGCCGAGGGAAAGCGGCGUGUCCUCGUUCCUCGUCACGGUGCAGGAUUUCUUCUUCACCGUUCUGGCUUUCCCGCUCGGAGCCUUUGUCUUCUCUUCAUUCUGGUCCAUUUACUCCUACGACCGAGAGCUGGUCUUCCCCAAGGCUUUAGACGACAUCAUUCCUACGUGGCUCAAUCACGCUCUGCACACUGUAAUCCUGCCGCUGCUCCUGGUGCAGAUGUGUCUUCAGCGCCACAAACACCCGAGUCGUUGCAAAGGAAUCGUGACCCUGGCAUUCUUCGUUUCUCUCUACUUGGCCUGGGUGUUGUGGGUGCGUCAGACGUCAGGGAUCUGGGUUUACCCCAUCAUGGCUCACCUCAGUCCUGCAGGCCUGGUGGUGUUCCUCAGCAUGGCGUCACUCUGCAUGGCUCCUAUUUACCUACUGGGAGAGAAACUCACCUGUGUGAUCUGGGGCCCUACAGGAAAUCAGAAAAAGAAGAAGAAAUGAAGACCCAAAGAAAUGUGAACGGAACAUCUACAGACCACAGAAGGCCGAAGCAGAUCCUUCACCAGCACUGAGAAAAUUCAGCCGUUUUCACCGAAGGGAUUCACAUUAAAUAGUAAAACUGUGUCCAUAACAUUCACACAGACGAAUCAGUGUGUUCACACAGACGAUUCAUUACGUGUAUUGUGAUUAUAGUGUUUAUGUCGAAGAACAGGAUCGUUUGCACAUUUAUAUCAUUUUCAAAGCUGCUUUCACAAAAAGCAGCUUGUGUAAAAGCAGCUUGUGUAAAAGCAGCUUGUGUAAAAGCAGCUUGUGUAAAAGCAGCUUGUUCAACGUUUUCAUGUCUGUGAUAGUUUUUAAACCUUAAAUGCGGGAUGUCGAAGCCAGUUGUUUAUUAUCUAGAUUUAUUUUUAACACAAACUGAAUAACCACGUGAUGAUUUUUAAAAAUAUCUUUGCUGGAUUUUUAUGCGAUGUGAUGUGAUGAAGUCUGAUUUUAAUAAAAGAUGUAUAAUAUAUUA